AAGUCUUUCUCAAGUUCUAAGCUCCUUACUUUUGUGUUUUCAAAAUUCAUUACAAAAUAAAUGGAUAAUUCCCAAAAGAUGAGCUACCAUGCUGGAGAAGCCAAGGGUCAAGCUCAGGAGAAGGUGAGCAAUAUGAUGGAUAAGGCAAACGAUGCAGCCCAGUCGACUAAGGAAUCAAUGCAAGAAGCAGGACAACAGAUAAAGGCCAAAGCACAAGGAGCCGCUGAAGCUGUUAAGGAUGCAGUUAACAAAUGA